CUCUUUUCGUUCAUCGCCUUCAUUAGUUCUGUUCCUUUUCGAGUUUUCGUCGUCCGCUUGUUCAUGGAUCUCCUCUGCCCUAAUUCGCCAUAUGUUUGGAAUGAAACUGGCAUGUCUCCCUGCUUUGAGAAUUUAGUUUUAGGCUUUGGAGCUAAUGUGCUUGGUAUAUCUGUGGUUAUUGCGCUUGCAUUGGCUAAGAGGAAUACUGGCCGAGCCGAGCCAUCUAUAACGAAUUGGAAGCUUGGUGCUGUGGAGAAGAUGUCGUUGCAUGUGGUUCCUGCUGUUGGAGCUUGCCUUUGCUUCUAUAAUAUUUUUUUGCUUAUUGAGGGCAGCUAUAAGGGUGACAGAGCUGAGUAUCAUGAGUGGCUUUAUAAAGUUUCUCAAUUAUUUUCAUGGGCUAUCAUUGUGCUUGUUUCAAAAUUUGAAAACUGGUACCUUAUUGUUUGUAAUCUCUUCUUGUGCUUUUGGUGGAUUGCAAAACCUCUACUGGAGAUACCCCAUUUGCAGACCGUGUUUUCCUCUUCGAAGGUAAAGACACAUCUUAUGGAGGUUUUAUCUGUUGCUACUGAAAUCAUGUUUGGUAUUUUUAUCACCACGCUUAAAGCAAUGCGGUCAUCAAGUAUUAUCAGGAACUUCAAUUCUGUUGAGGAUCUACUUAUCUCGUCCAAUAUUGACAAUAAAUGUUCAACAGGAGGUUUGGAACAGAAUAGCUGCAGCUUCUGGGAAACUUUAACUUUUAAGUUUGCCAAUGCAAUGCUGGAUCUUGGUGCCCAAAAGCAGCUUGACUUUGAAGAUUUAGUUCAGUUACCAAAUGAACUUGUGCCUUCUUGUCAUAAUUCCUUGUUAAGGCAUUGGAUGGCUGAAAAAUGCAUGCCAAAGACUGAUCGAUCUUUGCUAAGAGCCAUGUUUCAUGCAUAUGGUUGGCCUUACUUGCGUUUAGGAUUACUUAAGAUGGUAAAUGAUGGCAUUGGUUUUCUCAGCCCACUUAUUCUUAAUAAGCUGAUUCAGUUUCUUCAGAAAGGUUCUGACCCGAUACAUGGAUAUAUCCUUGCUUUUUCCCUGGGUCUCACCUCCAUUUUCAAGUCAUUUAUGGAUACACAAUAUACUUUUCGUCUUUCUAAGCUGCGAUUAGAGCUAAGAUCGAGCAUAAUGACAAUGAUUUACCACAAGUGCUUACAUGUAAGCCUUGCUGAACGCUCCAAGUUUUCUGAGGGAGAAAUUCAAACUUUCAUGUCAAUAGAUGCAGGCCAGACUGUUAACAUCUGCAACAGCAUUCAUGAUACAUGGAGUUUGCCUUUACAGAUAGGUGUGGCAUUAUACCUUUUAUAUACACAAGUCGGUUAUGCAUUUGUUUCUGGCCUUGCAAUAACUAUCUUGCUCAUACCAGUUAACAAAUGGAUUUCAACGAUGAUUGCACGUGCAACUGAGAAAAUGCUGAAAGAGAAGGAUGAGAGAAUUAGAGGAGCUGGUGAACUUUUGAUGUCCAUUCGGAUUCUGAAAAUGUAUAGCUGGGAGCGCAUAUUCACCGAGCGGUUGAUGAAGAGAAGAUUACUGGAAGUGCAACACCUCUCUACUCGGAAAUAUUUGGAUGCAUGGUGUGUAUUCUUCUGGGCAACAACGCCAACGCUUUUUUCACUUUCUACAUUUGGCGUCUUCUCUUUGAUGGGCCAAUCUCUAGAUGCUGCUACGGUGUUUACAUGUGUCGCACUUUUCAACACGUUAAUCUCUCCCUUGAAUUCCUUUCCAUGGGUGAUUAACGGACUGAUUGAUGCUGUAAUUUCUUCCAGGCGAUUGAGUAAAUUUUUGUCCUGUCCUGAGCACUCUUUUGACUUUGGACAAUCUUAUGACGCUCAGAUAUCUCUCACUGAUCCUAUUCACCACUUUGGUUGCCAGCAUUCUCUUCAUUGUAAUCCCAAUAUGGUCAUAUUUCAAGAUUCAUGCUUUGUUUGGUCAAGUUUUGAUGAUCCAGAGGAACAGAGCCCUGUGUUAAGAAAUAUUACAUUGAACCUUCCGAAUGGUAUUUUUAUUGCAAUAGUUGGAGAGGUCAUUACCAUAACUUUCACCUACAGAUUCUCUUGUUUUUAUAGCUACUGCUGAUAAUCAAAUAUUUGG